UCCGCAGCUCUGGACCCGUGUUCUGCCUACAUCUCUCUGAAUGAGCCUUGGCGUAAUACAGAGUACCAUGUCAACCACUCAUCUGGCAGUGUGCCCCUGUGUGACAGCCGUGUGUCAGGGGAGUGGUACCGCUUCACAGGGAUGGCCGGAGACGCCAUGCCUACUUUCUGCAUCGAAGAGAACCACUGUGGAACCCACGCCCCCAUCUGGCUCAAUGGGAGCCACCCACAGCCCCAGGAUGGUAUCAUGACCCUUCCUGUGUGUGCCAGCUUCAAUAGUAACUGUUGCCAGUGGAAUGCCAGUGUUGAUGUGAAGGCCUGUACAGGAGGAUACUACGUCUACCGUCUGCCCAGACCGUCUGUCUGCUUCCAUGUCUACUGUGGACAUUUCUAUGACAUAUGUGAUGAGGUGGAGUGCAGUGGACCUCAGUGUCCGGAGUCGGACUGCCGCUGUGCUGCUGGAACCACCCUGGGACCAGAUAGACAGACAUGUCUCGAUGUGAAUGAGUGUGAGCAGGGGAACGGAGGUUGUAAGGAGGUAUGUGUGAACACCAAGGGGUCCAGACAGUGUGAGUGUGGACCAGGCAGGGUUCUGGAGGAGGAUGGACGCAACUGCAAAGAGAUAGCAGGGUGCUACAACAACAACGGAGGCUGUAGCCAUGGUUGCUCUGUACUACAGGACUCCUAUCACUGUCACUGUCCCCGAGGACUGGAGCUGGGGGAUGACAAACGCACAUGCCAGGUCCCAGUGCAGUGUAGCAGCAGCUCCAUUAAGGUGUCGGUUCUAAAGGACCUGGUGGGGGGCCUGGAACUCUCCCUGUCCAACUCGUCAUGCCGCGGCGUCUCCAACGGAACACACAUCAAUCUCAGCUUCAGCCUCAAGACCUGUGGAACAGUAGUGGAGGUGACAGAUGACAAGAUAGUGGGUACCAAUUUAGUGACAGGUCUUCCGAAGUCCAGCCCAGGACCGUGGUCCGGUAGUAACCGGGAUAUGAUUGUCAGGACCUCCAAACUGCUGUUACCUGUCACCUGUGAAUUCCCACGACACUACGAGGUCUCCGACGGUUACCAGGCCAGUCUCCGUAGCUCCGCCCUAGAGCUAGCAGGCCACUCCCAGGGCCUUCCCUUCUCUCUGGAGCUGUUUAAGAGUGCUGAGUUCUCUGAGCCCUACCGGGCUCCACCCCAACUACGCCUACACGACUCACUGUUCUUCGGGGUGGAACCCAGGGAGAAGGUGGAGGGUUUGUCAGCUCUGGUGGAGAGCUGCUUUGCUACCCCCAGCGCCAAGGCAGACCAGGCUCUCAAAUACUACCUCAUCAAAGACGGGUGUAUCUCAGAUGAAAUGGUACGUCAGUACUCUGCUAAGGACCAGCUAUCCAAACACUACCAGGUUCCUGUCUUCAAGUUUGUUGGCAAGGACAACAAGGAGGUGUUCCUGCACUGUCGUGUGUUGGUGUGUGGGGCAGGAGACUCCCGCUGUUCUCAGGGCUGUAGAGGGCGUCUGCGUCGGGAACUGUGGAGGACAGAGGAGGAACAGGAGGACUGGGACCAGCAUCACGUGCUGAGUGGAGGACCCAUACGCAUCUUGCCAGACUGAGACAUCAGACCGCCGUGGCACCUCCAUACCACCUUCAGGCCAUCUCACAACUGCACCACUGCAAACAUAGAAAUAGAUACAAUAGAUACAGAGAUAUAUAUUGUAGGAGCAUGACCAGCAUUUUCUCCUGAGUGGAGGACCCAUACACAUUCUGCCAGACACAUUCUGCCAGACAUCAGACCACCCCCAAUACCAGACCACCACCACCACCACCACCACCACCACCACCACCACCACCACCAGGCCACCACCACCACCAGACCACC